AUACACAUAGCUGGUUGGUCGUAGUUGCCACGGCGAAUCGUAUGACGAUGUGUCCACCACAGAUCCGCUUGGUCGGAGUCAUGUAGUUUAUACGCGCGUGAUACAGCACCGUACUGAAGACCGUUUCAUCUGUCUUUAUCUUCUAAGCGAACUAUUGAGAGGGCUUACCACGAUGACGGUGGAAAAUCUGCGAAGGAAGGUUGCAGAAGCAGAGAGAGGUAAGGACGACAAUGAGGCUGACGUCGACGACGACGACACGAGUGGCAUAGCUGGCACGCUCCGACGCUGGAACAUUAACCCCAACCUGGUGAUGCUCAAGAUGACGCUGUUCGUCAUGUAUGGAGCGACGGCGGCGCUGUUGCCGUACCUGACGAUCCACAUGCAGAGCAUCGGGUUGACUGUGGAGGAGAUCGCCUUCGUCUACCUCGCGCUGCCAUUCACCACGUUCCUCAGCCCGCCUGUCACUGGCUACCUGGUGGACAAGUUCGGGAGGUACAAGCCGGUGGUGAUCAUCGCCCUGGUGCUGAACGCCGCCUUCCACCACUCGCUGAUGCUCAUCCCGCACAUGGAGACGCCGGGGGACACGCCCUCCGCCUACGUCAUGAGGCACCCCGAUACGGGGAAGGUGGAGGUGUGGUGGAGCCCCUGUCCGAGCCGCGAGUGCCCCGAGGAGGAGGAGCUGGACAUGAUCCUGGCGUCGUGCACGGACCACUGCCUGCUCAAGGAGGCGCGGCCGGACGUGGCGACGGCGGCGCCGCCCCCGCAGCUGCGGCGCCCCCCGCAGCUGCGGCCCAACCCGCCGCCCCCCGCGUCGCCCCAGCUGUCGGUGCCCAAGGGCUGCCCCACGCUGGACGAGCUGAUGGCCGCCGCCGGCAUGGCCGUCACGCCCAAGCCGCUGCACUUCCUCAUGGGCUGGGACAAGCGCAAGAACCGGCGGAAAAAUAAAAAGGCCCCAUCAUUUGCCACUGGACUGGAAGAACCUGACAAACCUGCCAACAGCACGGCAUUCAUUCUUCUUGGAAUGCAUCCUGACCUGGGUAAACCAAUGGAGCAGCUUGGCUUGCAGUUGGAGCCGUAUGACGAUGAAUCAACUACACAAUUUCUACAGAAUUUUGGGGAAAAGGUGUUUCAUGAUGCAAAAGUUAACCUGACUGCUCUGUUGCAAGAAGAUUUACGCUGUGGUGGACUGGUGCUUGCAACAAACCUCACAUUGAACACCCUUAUUGAAUUAACUGCUGACUGCAUGUUACAGAAAUGUAGUUUCCGGGAAGGUGGACCAGAGGUGUGCCCACCAGACUAUAAGGAAAGUGAUGACCGAAUCUUUUGGAUAUACUUCUUUCUGCGCUUUUUAGGAACUACAGCACUAACUGCUGGGGUCACUAUGCUUGAUCCUAUUGCACUUACAAUGAUUCGAAAAUAUGGUGGACAUUUUGGUAGAGAGCGGCUGUUUUCUACUCUGGGAAUGGCCUUUUUUGCGCCUCUUGUUGGUCUAUUCAUAGAUCAGAACAGCCAGUACCUGAGUUACACAGACUACUCUGCUGCAUUCUAUACGUAUGAUAUACUACUUGCCAUAUCUGCAGUGGCCAUUGCUCUCUUGCCACUUGGUGUGCAGCUGCCGGCAGACAACAUCAUGCGGGAUUUAAUGCACAUUGUGCGGUUACCCCAUGUUAUAAUAUUCAUAUUUUUCCUUUUUUUCCUUGGGAACUUUUGGGGUUUCAUUGAGUCAUUUCUUUUCCUCUACCUCAAGGAACUUGGUGCAUCAAAUUAUCUUCUCGGUUUCACAGUAUCCAUUGGAACCAUAAGCAGUGUGCCAUUUCUUUAUGGAGCAGGUGAUAUCAUUAAGAAACUGGGCAAUGUGAACAUUAUUAUUCUUGCAUUUUUUUCCCAUGCAGCAAGGCUUAUGGGCUAUUCAAUGAUAGAGAGUCCAUGGUGGGCUUUUCCUUUUGAAAUAAUUGAAGCAACAGCAGUGCAUCUUAUGUGGACAGCAGCUGCAACAUACUGCACAAUUCUGGCUCCCAGGUGGUUGCUAGCAACACUUAUUGGUGUUCUUGGAAUGUCACAUUUCAGUUUAGGACGUGGCAGUGGAAGUUUCUUUGGGGGCAUAUUAAUUGGUAAAAUUGGAACUCGUGAGUCCUUUAGAGCCAUGGGAAUCAUAGCUAUAGCAGGAGGAGUUGCUUACUGGUUACUACAUCGAUAUUGGUUACGAGAAGUUGAAAUACGUAACAGACAGAGGGCAGUUGAAUUGGAAGAGGCUGAUGAAGCUGCUGCAGCUACACUACAAGACAAAGAAGGCAACACAGCAGACCGUGACCCUCAGAAGGAGGUGUCUAUUAGCAUGGAACGACUCAGCCUGGUUAUAGAGCUUAACCACAGGGGCAGCCUUACUUCACUUGAUCUUGGCUCACAGCUCCCUGGCUAUCGCAGUCGACGUGGCUCUUGUGCCAACACAAAGGCAGAAGCACUGAACCAGCUCCAGGCAUCACCAGCAGCAGUAAGACCUCUUUACCGCAAGAAUUCUCUUGGGGCUCCAGUAACAUCAAAGCUUUUGGCCAGGAAAAACCCACCAAGUGCAACGGUUGCUGCCCUUCUGGUUGAUGGAUUAUGCACAAGAAGGUACUCAAUCCCAGAAGAAGAUGAAGUUGAUGAUCUGUCUUCACGUACUAUUGCAGUUCCACAGUCAAGAACAAUACGGGAUGAAAAUAACUCAAUUCUGAAGGAAGUGCUUGUGAAGAAAGCUUUGAAGGCUACAGAGAACAACAUUUAAUUGAACAGCUAGCACCUUAAGCUAUUAUGCAGCAUUUUCACCAGAAAUACUGCUUAGAAAAUAUGUAUAAAUUUAUUGUAUAAAUUUGUUAAUUUGAGAUUAUUGUUAGUGGACAAUGGUCUUAUCAAAAAGGUGCUUUUGUAGGACUUUUAACAUCAGCAGUCCACUAAUAACAUCAGCAGUUCACUAUAAAUAGCUACUCACAGAGUAGCAUGAGAAAAUAUUUAAACGUGGAGACUUUGCUAUAACACAUUCCACAUAUGUAGGAGGCGCCUAUAGACAGCAAAGAAGAAGUGUUCCCAUCUAAACUUUUUGGCAACCCAAAAUGUUGAUGAACUCUCUGCAAAGCUUGGAGAUCUAUAAUCUCUCCCAGGUCAAUGCUUUAUAAUACGCAGUGCAGACUGAACACUUUUUCUAAGCAGUUCCUGAAAAGCACACAACCACUCACUCUUAUUGGUCUGAUAUAAGUGAGUUUAAUGUACUUUGUACAUUCCACUUAUGCAUAAAGGAAGCUAAUUCAGUAGGAGAAGACUUCUUGGUCAUUACUUAAGUGGAAGAUUUCAUACCAAAUUAGGUUACAAAACCAUAUUCAAAUUACAAAAACUGGCAAUAAAUACAAAGAUGUUAUACUCACUAUAAGCUCCACUUAAAAAUCGACAGCAGUUACAUAAAGCUUAUGCAGGAUAUAAGGGGUUGGGAAAUGGGAUAUGCAGUGCAAAAUGACAGAAGGCAUUAAAAUAAUUAGCAUGGAAAGCAAGGAUGCUAUGCUCCAGCAUAGUGAGCAUUGAAACUCAGGGAUGCUAAUCGAAAGCUGACAGAGGACAUAGACAAUAAUGAGGUAAAAUAUUCAGUGUCAAGAGAUAGAAAAUGAUUAGCGUGCGCAGUUUUUCUAUUCUUAUAUUUAUAACUUCAUAAUAAAUGUAGCCACUUGAUUUCCUUUUGACCAACACAUUUAGGAAAACUAAAUCCCGUCCUUCUCCUCCUCCACUGUAAAUCUUACAUUAGGAUGUAGACCAUUCAAAUGAUCAACAAACUGCUGUAGUGCUUUGCUGCCCAUUGACAUAUCCAAAAAGGCAGAGUGGGCAGAAAUGGGCACUGUUCAAUGCUCGUUUUUCUAAAUCCUCUACAAGAAAGUUAGCUAUGGCUGGUGACUAUGGCGAACCCAUGGCUGUUCUGUCAGUCAUUUCAUAAUAGUUUCCACUAUACAAAAGUAAGUGCUGAAAUAAUUCCUGAAUUUUGGAGGAUAAAUAACUGGCCAGCAAUUUUAAUGUGUCUUUCACUGGUACCUCAGUAUAAAGGGAGACAACAUCAAAGCUGACCAUGACUUUACUCGGGCACAUCCUCAUCUGCUUUAUGAUAUCAACAAACAUUUUUGAUUUCUUAAUAUGAUGUCUACAGUGACUGACUAUAGGUGCCAAUAAUGUAGUUAAGAACUGUUUUUUCCAUUGGAAAUUAUUAUGGAAUGACUGAUCAAAUGGCCAUGAGUUCACUACUGUCACUCGCCAUAGCUGAGUUUUUCAUGGCGGAUUUUGAAUAACAAGCACUGAACAGUGCUCCCUUCUGUUCAUCCUGCUUCUCCAGGUAUGUGUUGAUGAUACAUUUUUAAUCUGGCCGCAUGACAGUGAGGUGACUUAGCAGUUUGUUAUCUGAAUGGUAUACACCCUCACAUUUUUAUAGUGGGGGUGUAGAAAGAUGGGGAGUUCCUUUCCUAGAUGUGUUGCUCAAACAGAAAUGAGAUGGAUGGCUUGGCCAAUGAUCUCAAUGGGCACAGCUUUCACAAUUGAGCUCAAAGACAGUGAUGCCAAACACCUCAGUACACAGAGCCAGGGUUAUUUUAGAGAAGUGUGAACCAUCUGUUCAGAAGGAACAGGUGUUCUGUCCAUGAUAUUAGAUCAAUGCUGUCGAGGAAAAGAAGACACAACACCUUUUAAACAAGCCAAGAUGAAAAACAGAUGUUGUGGCUCCCACUCUGUGGUGCAACAACUAGUAAGAUAAGUAGUAUCUGAAACAGGCAGAGAAUUAGACCAGUCUUCUGGCCACCCAGGGCCGGCCGCAGUGGCCGUGCGGUUCUGGCGCUGCAGUGCGGAACCGCUGGACUGCUACGGUCGCAGGUUUGAAUCCUGCCUCGGGCAUGGGUGUGUGUGAUGUCCUUAGGUUAGUUAGGUUUAAAUAGUUCUAAGUUCUAGGGGACUUAUGACCUAAGAUGUUGAGUCCCAUAGUGCUCAGAGCCAUUUGAACCAUUUUUUUUUUUUUUUUU